AUGAUCAACGCCGUUCUUGUCUUCAAUAAUGCUGGGCAACCACGUCUCACAAAGUUUUAUACACAAUUAGAAACAUCAGUUCAACAGCGACUUAUUUCAGAGAUAUUUACACUGGUCUCUAAUCGCCCUACUGGCUCAUGUAAUUUCCUUCCGCUUCCACCUCUUCUCGCCUCCUCCUCCACAUCCAAAACAGACUCGUCUCCCCACAACGACAUUCCUUCCCUCGUCACCUACCGCCAUUAUGCGACACUCUACUUCAUUAUCAUCUCAACUUCUACCGAGUCACCACUUGCUCUUAUUGAUUUGAUCCAAGUGUAUGUGGAGGCGCUUGAUCGAUUAUUUGAGAAUGUAUGCGAACUAGAUUUGAUCUUCAACUUCGAGACCCUACAUGCAACUUUGAGUGAGAUGAUCGUAGGGGGUGUUGUUAUUGAAACACAGCUAGAGAGAGUAGUGGAAGGGGUGAGGGCGCAGGGGAAGGUGGCAAAGAGGCCGUUGAAUGAAGGGAGGGGAGGGGCAUUAGGAGGGAUGGGAAUGGGUGGGAAUUUUGCUUGGGCUACUCGAUGA